AUGGCCAUAGAAAAGUCCAGGAAACUCUUGAAUCGUGCAAUAGCCCGCUGGGUGCGCUUUAUGAAUGGCCAAGUCAUUACUCAUGACCGUAUCCGGAUUGGCAAUCCGGCCUUGUACCGGAAUGAUGGGGUUCACCUUUCAGACCAAGGGAAUGAUAUUUGGUCCAAGAUGUGGCUGUUUUGGGGAGUGGCCUGCUUAGUCCAACAGGCUCUGACAUCUGAAGAAUUCAGCAGCGGAAAACAUUUGAAUCCUCAAGAAUUCAUGAAAAUUCCUGAAAUCAUCCAGUACUGGGGAUACCCCAGUGAAGAGUAUACAAUCCUGACAGAGGAUGGCUAUUACCUGCAGGCAAACAGAAUUCCACAUGGAAGAAACUGUUCUGGGAAGACAGGGCCUAGGCCAGUUGCGUUAUUGAUAGUUGACAUUAUUUUGGAAGGUAGGAGCUGGAUUGCAAAUCUUCCCGGCAAUAGUUUGGCAUUUGUCCUAGCAGAUGCAGGUUAUGAUGUCUGGAUACUAAACAACAGGGGGACCACCUGGUCUAGAAGACACAAGCACUUUUCUAUAUUUCAAAAAGAAUUUUGGAAUUUCAGUUUUCAUGAAACGGCAAUCUAUGAUAUUCCAGCAGCCAUAAACUUUAUAUUGCAGAAAACUGAGCAAAAAAGCCUGUAUUAUAUGGGCUUUUCCCAGGGAGGUUCAAUGGGUUUAAUUGCCUUUUCAACCAUGCCACAGCUUGCUAAAAAGGUGAAACUCUUCAUGGCCUUUGCUCCUAUCUACAUAUUGGUAGACACCAGAGGGCUAUUUUCAUUUCUUCUACGCUUUCCUGAUGUAUUGAAAAGAGUAGGUAUGACUCAAGCAUUUGCAGAUCCGUAUAUUUAAU